GGAUAUGGAUGGUGACACCUGACGUGUCGAGUCCAAGCUCGGACAAAAACAUACGAAACCUAUACUCCUCCCAUCCUCAACCGGCUGCCGGGAAGUUAACCGACACGUGUGCGUCUCCCAUUUUACCUAUUUUUCCACAAAAUAGAAACCUCACUCCCAUCUCUCUCAUCCAACUUGCUCUCCUCUCUCAUCCACUCUCAUUUCCGGCGAUUCUCCCCGUCGCCACCCCUGUUCUCGCCGUUCGCCGGCGAUGAUGAUCCAAUCGCCGCCAUCUCUUCCGUUGAGUUGUUAAUUAAAAGUGGCGAAAAUGAGUUUGAGAACGGCCAGGGAAGAAUCGGAUGAAGAUAUGAGUUUACCAGCUGAUAUUGAUUGGCAUAUGCUUGAUAAAUCCAAGUUUUUUUUCCUCGGGGCCGCGCUUUUUUCGGGCGUUUCAGUUGCGCUUUAUCCGAUUGUAGUCUUGAAGACGAGGCAACAGGUCUCGUUGUCUCAGGUUUCUUCUGUUAGAAAUGCGGUGUCGAUUUUUCGACAUGAGGGAUUGUGCGGUCUUUAUAGAGGAUUUGGUACUUCUUUGGUUGGGACGAUUCCGGCUAGGGCUCUUUACAUGACUGCUCUUGAGGUUACUAAGAGUAAUGUUGGUACGGCUACGGUUAAGCUUGGGUUAUCCGAGGCAUCGGCUUCUGCCAUUGCUAAUGCUUCGGCUGGUUUGAGUGCUGCGAUGGCUGCUCAGCUUGUGUGGACUCCGGUUGAUGUUGUUAGUCAGAGAUUAAUGGUUCAGGGUCAACAAAAUUUGAAGUUACCUUCGGCUUCUAAGUAUCAGAAUGGAAUUGAUGCAUUUAGGAAAAUUCUUAGGGCGGAUGGAAUUAGAGGGCUUUAUAGAGGAUUUGGGAUAUCUAUACUGACUUAUGCUCCGUCAAAUGCAGUUUGGUGGGCGUCUUACUCUGUUACACAACGACUUGUUUGGGGAGGUGUUAGUUGUUACUCUGAGAAUGGUGUAAAUACUUUGAGACCGGAUUCAAGAACGGUGAUUACAGUUCAAGGUGUUAGUGCAGCCAUGGCCGGAGGCGUUUCGGCUGUAAUUACAAUGCCAUUCGAUACAAUCAAGACAAGAUUGCAGGUCUUGGAUGGACGGGACGACAAUGGACGAAGAGGGCCCACAAUUGGACAGACGUUUAGGAAUCUAGUAAGGGAAGGUGGAUGGUUAGCUUGUUACAAAGGUUUGGGACCUCGCGCAGCUUCCAUGUCCAUGUCUGCUACUACCAUGAUCACUACAUAUGAGCUUCUAAAACGACUAUCAGCUAAAACACCGGAGGGUUCAACACCAUGAAUGCGAUUAGUCUUUAGUCCUGGUUAAAAGAAAAACAAGUUUUACUUAAAGUUCAACUAGUUGUCUUUUGUUUUUCUAUUUGGAAAGAGUCAUAAUCAAUAAUGCAAUAUUGACAAGUUGUUGCCA